GUGCAGAGAGAGAGAGAGAGAGAGAGAGAGAAGACCAAAAAGGAGAAAAUGGAGGAGAAAAUGCUAAGAAAGACAGAAAAUAGGGAAAUACAGAUCAGGAGACGCAGGAGGGAGAAAAUGGUCUCAGGGAGCACAAGGCGGGGGACGCCCUGGACUGGGUGCCAACCAACACAGAGCACAAUCACAAACACUCACACCCCCAUUCACACACUACGGAAAUGCCUGGAAAUGCCUAAAUCAGCCUACAGCGCAUGUCUUUGGCCUGGGGGAGGAAACUGGAAAACCUGGAGGAAACCCCUGAAGCACAGGGAGAACAUGCAAACUCCACACACACAGAGCGGAGGAUGAACUCAGCGCCCCCUGCAGGAAGUGCUUUAUCAGCUCCAGCGGGCGGAGUCGGCCCAACUACACCGAAAAAGGGCCCACCCAAAUUCAAACAGAGACAAACACGCACAUUUAAGAGCAAGGCACCUAAACCCGGCCAGAAAGGGUUUGGUGACGACAUUCCAGGAAUGGAGGGCCUCGGCACAGAUUUCACGGUGGUGUGUCCCUGGGAGGCCUUCGGCGACAUGGAGCUCAGCGACCUUGCCAAAUACGGCAUUAUUUAAAUCCCGCCUCUCAUCUUCUCUCUGCCUUUGUCUCCACCCCUUCCUAACAGACACCACACCCCCUCUCUGAUAAAAGAGACUGAUAUCGAUGCAUACAUAUGAAUAUAGUAGAAUUUGUAUUGGAUUAUUAUUAUUAUUAAUAGUAGUAGUAGUAUUAGAAUUAGUAGUAGUAUUAGUAUUAUUAUAUUUUAUACUCUCGGUUAUGAUGUCUGUUAUCCCUCCCACUCUGCCCCUCUGCCCCACCCACCACGCCCACCUGCCCUCCCAACAUCACCGUAAUAAUGAAUGUUAAUAGUUAAUUAGUAGCGCUCUCAUCCUGCAUGUGGAUGCGUUACGAUAUAAAUAACGUAGUGUAAAUAUUCUGUUCUCCGCUAAUCUCCGCUGUUCAUCUUCACUGAUGCAGAAUAAAUGUGAACGUCUGUUUGGAAUUAUCUGGGGUAGAAAUCAGUAAAGUUUAUAUUUUCAAUAAAAUUGUC